AGCAGGCCCGGGGAGACGUCUUCGUUCUUUCUGAAUUACACGUUUCCUUUUCCAUUGUGCUCCUAAAUGCCAUCGGAUGGAGAUGGUCUUUUGGAAAGCCGUGACUUUUCAGCAGUGACGAGAAAAAUGAAGGCACAUGCUCCGCCUCCACCCUCCGUCCCCCAGCCUGCACCUCGCAAGAUCUUCCGCAACGCCAUCCCUGAUGGAGGAGCAGAGCUGGACACAAAGGAGAACAUGCCACAGAGCAGCGUGGAUCUCCAAGUCACCCUGCCCAAUGGAUACGAGACCCUAGUCACUGUGGAUGGGAGGAAAGCUCUGAUGGAUGUGUUGGUGGACUUGUGCGCUCAGUACCACCUGAAUCCAGCCGAACACACCAUGGAGCUGGCGUCGGUCGAGGGCCAGCCCGUACCCUUCAAGCCCAACACCGUGCUGGGAACACUGCACGCCGGCAGUGCCAUCAUCAAGGAGAGGAGCCCGGAGGAGCGGGUACCCAGGAAACCUGCGCCCAAAGUGCCAGAGAAGACAGUACGGCUGGUGGUGAACUACCACCGAGGGCAGAAGGCAGUAGUGCGUGUGAAUCCGCUCCUGCCCCUGCAAACCUUAGUGCCCACCAUCUGCCAGAAGUGUGAGUUCAACCCUGCGCGUGUGCUUCUGCUCCGUGACGCCGUUAGCCGGCAUGAGCUGGACCUGCGCAAGUCACUCACUGAACUCGACAUCCGUGAGCUGUACGUGCUCGACCAGACACUGGUUCUCCAGCCUAAAAUGGUCUCGGCUCCUGUCCUUAACUACUCAGCAGGAUCUCUCAACUCCGACGCUCAAAGCAGAGGCGAGAAGAAGGGACUUCUGGGCUUGUUCAGCUUCAAUCGGAGGAAAUCGAAGACAGAAGAGUUCUCUGAUGAUGCGGAUGAGCAAGAUGACAGGCUAAUGCAAAACACACACACUAACAUCAAAGGUCUGUCAUCGGUCAGCAGCGUGUGCGUAGAGGCUCGUCCCAACACUCUGGGCCAAUCGCAGUCAGCCAUGAACCUGUCCCGGCUGUCCCCGAAAACCGAGCCUAAGAAACGGCGCGCCCCGGCUCCGCCCCGUCCUUCGGCCCCCCAGGUCACGGAGACGCAAAUGCAGUGCAGUCUUGCACCGAAGGCACAGACAAAACCGAGCUCACCGGGUCAGUUAAAGAAACGGAAAGCCCCGCCUCCUCCACCCACUGUAAAUCCCACCACCUCCUUGCCAGCUCCCACCGAGGCUGCCGUCCAGGUACUCGGCACUGCAGUGGCAUCUGACGACUCCAUGUCCGAUCUGAGUCACAGCAUUGAGGACUCCGAACCGGCUGCAUCUGUCUGCAGCAGCACCAGCAAUGAUGACGCCGCUGAAUCCAGCAGCCUGGCCGAGGAAACCAUGCCCGAGCCAACCGUCGAGUUAGCUACGUCCAAGGUGGAAAAAGUUGCAGAAUCGAAUCAACAGCCAGUAUACAGAAGCUUUGUUAGGCAAGAACCUGAGGAGCUUAAAGUGGAGGAAGUGGAGAACAACCGUCAUAGUACAAUGGUCUGGCUGCACACAGCAGAGCAGGAAGCCGAGACAGUGUCCAUGUGCAGCAGCGAAAGCUUCGCCGAUCAAGGUUACGCACCGUCUGACGGAAUGGCUGACUCUCCAACUACUUCCCCUGAGGACACGGUUUCCCUAGGUCCUGAUUCCUCUCUGAGCCCUACCCAACCUCAGGAAGACUGCGACAGCGAUGAGGGCUGUGCCACAUGGGGCUCGCGCCACAGCGGAAACAUGCGACCUGGGAACCAAUCAGUCAAGAGAAACAACGGCUAUGAGGAAGACCCUGCAAUCACUGCCCAGAUCCACUUAACCUUGGCUGAUUUAGAUGCAGACUUAGCAGAAAUCGAUCACUCUUAUGAGGAACCUGUGUGCAUGGAGGAUGAGAUCCCCGUGUCUGUGGUCGAUAUAGAUGUUCCAGUUACAGCAAUUGAUGAAGUCAUUGAUGACUAUUCAGCUAGCUUGAAUGUUUUUGAGGCGGCACUACAGCGCAGUAAGAAGAUCUGUGAACCAGAAGAUGGCUCAAACAAGCUAGUCGUAGAUCUCCAGAACAAAAACAACAACGCACACAUGUCAAAGAAAUCAAUCAGUCCAUCGCAAGUAGAUCGGAUUCAGUCAGGUGACAAGAAGGAGCAAUCAGAGAAGGUCGCUAUAAGCCCAGGAAUUAAGGGUAGAGAUGAACCGGAUAAACAGAAGCUGACAUCUCAAAGUCUUUCAGUGUCUACUGUUACCAGUAGUGCACAGAAUGUUCUUGAAAGUAGACUUCGGCCUCCACCAACAGUACAGUGCCAUAGCAAUGGAAGCACAGAAUUCAACAGAGCCUCAUCUGUCAAAUCUCAAAACAUGAUCAGCAAGAACCCAGUUUCUAAGUUCGGCCUGAAGACCUUUACCAUCGUCCCUGCUAAACCAGCCGGGUCCCAAAAUCAGGUCAAGUCUGUAGGCUCCUUGCGUAUGGGUGCCAUAAAAAUCGAUGAGUUGGGUAACAUGGUUACACAGAGAGAGGUUCAGGACACAUCUGAUCUCCUUGACGAGACAGGUGAUGACCGGGAUUCUCCACUCCUGGACAAAGCUAAGGCCUUCUGGAGUUCAGCUAGAAAGGAGGAUCCAUCACCUAGUGCCUAUAAAAGAGCAUCUGUAAAGACUGAAGAAGUUGUAACACCCAAACCGUUACCUGUAGCAGCAGUGUCACAACAUCCAGAGAAGUCAAGCAUUACGGAACCCUCGAAACAGGUCAACGGGCCAAGCACCAACCUCGCAUCUGCAGUAAUGAAAAAGCUUGCUGUUUCGGAUCCUGCCGAAAAUAUGUUUUUUACAGAGCAAAGGAAGAAUCUUACUUUCCUCAAGCCUUCCAAAAGAACUUCAAGUCAUUAUGUGGCUUCAGCUAUUACUAGGUAUACAGGGAUUUCCUCAAGCAAAGUAGAUGGUGUUCAGGAGCUUCCAGAGUCCAUGUGUGCUGGACAAAAGCAGGUAACCAGCCAAGCCUUUAAGAACGACCUAAAACCUGUGCAAGCAGUGUCAAAUCGUAAGGCUUCGGAUGCAUCUGUAAACUCUGUGCCUUUUCUUCCUGCCGCCAACCCCUACCAAAGUUAUACUCCAGAGAAGCAGGAAAUCUCUAGAGAACCACAAAUCAUUGGUACAAAUGUAUCUAGCACUAAAGCUCUGAAUUCCAGCCGAGUAAACAGCGAGCCUCAACGGCAAGCAGGCAUUUCUACACGGUCUGAACCCACACUGUCUUCUUCUAAAGAGAACAUGUCGGUGAAAAAAAACCCAGGAAACUCUUUGCCCAUGAACAGUACAGUAAACACUCUUCGUCCAGCAGUAGCAAAGAAACCAGAGUUACACAGUCUUGGUAUUCAGCCCAGUCCAUUUGGGCCGGUUAAAAAGUUUAAGCCUGUGGUGCUGAAGUCGGUAGAGAAGGAGACGUCUCUUCACAGUUCGCUCAUGGAGGCGAUUCAGUCAGGAGGGGGAGUGGACCGUCUCAGAAAGGUAUCGGACUCUUCCAGGACCAGCAUGCUGAAGAAGCCAUCAUACGUGAAGCCCGAAAACGAACAUUCUGCUCUCCUGUCAGCCAUCCGAGCUGAUAGUAAUUCGACGAGACUUAAGAAGACAAACUCGUCAGCCGCCGCUGAGCUGGAGCAGUUCAGGAAAACUGAGGAGAACCGGUCGGAGCAGAGACACACGAGUCCUCCAGGUCCUCCUGCGUUCAUGCCUCCACAACCACCACCAAUCCUUACGCCACCACAACCAACCUUUACACCGCCACCACCACCAACCUUUGCCCCACCACCACCAGCCUUUACACCUCCUCCACCACCACCUCCUCCUACGUCCUCAGCUAAGCGGACUGUGGUGCUGCCUGCAGGGGGAAACCCAGAGUCUGCCAGAGAGGCACUGCUGGAGGCCAUCCGUUCAGGCGCCGGGGCCGAACGACUUCGGAAAGUUCCGGUGACGACAAAAACCGUUAAAGUCAAUGGAAGACUAGGCACCAUCCAGGCAUCUGCUUUACCUCCACAAGAGCCCUAGAUGUUUUCAGAUUUUUUUUCAGAUUUGAUCUUAGAGAUUCUCAUAGCCAAAUUUCACAUUGUAUGCUAACACAUUUGCUAUAUAAGUUGCAAAAUACAGUUAUGUAUAGUUGUCGGUCACAUGCUGCUUUUUGUCCGUGCCAAUCAUUUCUAAAUUAAUUUCAUAAUUAGGAAUCUUUGUAAAUGUAUAGGAAAAAAACAUGUUCUGUUUUUAAGGACAACACACUGUACGUUGUUCACAAAUAAGCCUUUACACUUUCUAAUUAUCUAUCAGUAUUUUGAAAUACAUUUUAAUUGAUAUCAAUAUUUGUUAUCGUGAUCUCAUACUAAUCGCAGGUAGUCUGUGCUAAUUAUUUGAUUAGUCAUAAUGACCAUUGAUUUUCUUUUUCUUAAAGCACCGUAGCUAUACAUACAAAUGAAAAAAGCAUUAAUUUAAAUGUUCAAAUGAACAUACUGUAGCAAACAUUUGUUUAGAAAUUUAAUUUCGAAAAUAAUUCAUUUCAUAACCUUUGCUCACCAUGCUGCUACUUGGCAAAAAUUUUAUUUAUGCCAUUUGAAGGGAAAAUUAAAAAAAACUAAAUCUAUACCUUUAUAAAUAUAUUUAAUAUGUCUUUAAUAUAUAUAAAGUGGACUGCAUGACGGACCUACAGAAGGUACAGACAGGUCUGACUUUAAAAUCUGUAAGCUCUUAUGGAUGAAGGUUUUUGGAUCAGAGAGUUGUAUAUUUUGUACCUGUUCAUAAUUAGAAAUUGCAUCUAUGAUUCAUUUUUGUUUAGAUGCCACAUUGUUGGUAUGAACAUGUUUUUUCUUUUUAAGUUCUACUUUUGUACAUGAAGUGUGCAAUAUUUUUGAAAGAUUUAGAUAUAAAUCAAUAAAGCAAUCAACCGUUAAAUCAAUAAACU